GCAUGUGUAGUUCUGAAGCGUGAGGCCCCUGGUUAGUAGUGGUGAAGACGUUGCCUUCCGUGGACUUGCCGAGGAAGGGCUGAAGUAUUUCAGGACAGUGUCUGUUUUUGCUUUAAUGUCAGUUCUUUCCGUUAUUUAAGGAAGGUUGUAAGCCUAUCGUGAUUUGUUUAAUUUUUGAGCGCCACUUUUCAGUUUGGACAAAAAUGCCUAAAAAUAAAGGUAAGGGAGGAAAAAAUCGGAGACGUGGUAAGAAUGAGAAUGAGUCUGAAAAAAGAGAAUUGGUGUUUAAAGAAGACGGACAAGAAUAUGCCCAGGUGAUCAAAAUGUUAGGAAAUGGUAGGCUGGAAGCUAUGUGUUUUGAUGGCGUUAAGCGGCUGUGCCAUAUCAGAGGCAAAUUAAGAAAAAAGGUUUGGAUUAACACAUCGGAUAUCAUUUUGGUUGGGUUGAGAGAUUACCAGGACAACAAAGCAGAUGUUAUUCUAAAGUACAAUGCAGAUGAAGCUAGAAGCUUGAAAGCGUAUGGAGAGCUUCCAGAGCAUGCUAAAAUCAACGAAACUGACACCUUUGGUCCUGGGGAUGAUGAUGAAAUCCAGUUUGAUGAUAUUGGAGAUGAUGAUGAAGACAUUGAUGAUAUCUAAUGUGGAAUGUUUAUUCCAUUUUUGUUCUACGUGUUGUUCCAUCCUGUCCUGUUUGUGCUGUGGACUUUCAGCAAGAAACCUAAAUCAGGAUCCCCAACCCCAGGAUACACUAGAGUGAGGAUAAAAAAUGCUCUGCUGCAUUUCUUUUAAUGUAUUUAUAUAUUCUUUCAAAAGAAGCAAAAACUUUAAAGCUGAAUAUAGAGUAUCUGAAUUUACAAUAAAAAAAAUCAAACCCUGUAUUUUUUAUUUUUUGUAUUUUUAUUUCAUUUUUGUUUGAAACUGUGUAGCAUUGUAGCAGUAAUUGCAGUCACUCAGCUUAUAUUGUUCUUCCGCAGGUAAACUUAUUAUUUUUAAUGUUUGAUUUCUUUGGAAAUUUAGGCUCUGUGACCCAAAACCUUUGGAAAAAAAUUAUUUAGCAUUUUUCUACUUUUUCUUUUUUUUAACAUUUAAUACACCACAGAAUAACAAUUACAUUAAAUAUUACCUGUGGAUAUUUGUAUUUUAAUCACUUGCAUUUUCAGAAUAAUUUACUCUGUACAUUAAUUAUGUAUUGUAAAGUAAUUUCAUAAUUGCCUCUGGGAGAAAAAAAUAAACUUGUGUCCUCCAUUAAAGUUAUUUCUGAAUCCU